GCCAAGGUUACUCGGACACUUCGACCGGUUAAUCGACCAUCCAUCUUGCCAAAAAGAAAAGAAAAAAGAAAAAAAAAAGUUCGUUGUUAAUUUUUUUUAAUGUGUUUACUCCCAUUCGAGAGCCGCUUUUCCACUCGACGCUGGUUCUUUCUUUAUGGCUGGAGUUAUCGAUCUUUGUCGUGCUUCCUCCGAGACGAUUAAUCCAGGAGCAAGAUUGCUGAACAAGAGCUGACGAAGAUUGUGGAGUUGGACUGGGGCUCUACGAGUUCGUCUGCUUGGCUUCACAUAUACAUUUUGCAUUCAUCUGUUCAGAAUGGAUAGGCUCAAGUUAGCAGCCUUAGGAGAGCGCUUGAAGAUUGGAGGUGAGCGCUUGAAAAUGGGAGGUGCUGAAAUGGGUAGAAAAGUAAGUGGGAAGAUGAAAGAGAUUCUCCAAGGCCAGUCGCAAGAGGCAAAAAUGGUCGAUGAAGCAACAUCAGAUAGCUUGGAGGAGCCAAACUGGGGUCUAAAUUUAAAGAUCUGUGGGUUACUUAAUAGUGAUGAGUUCAAUGGGUCUGAAGUUGUGAGGGCAAUAAAGAAGAAAAUUGCUGGCAAGAACGCUAUGAGCCAAAAGCUGAGUCUUGAUCUGUUGGAGGCUUGUGCUAUGAAUUGUGAUAAGGUUUUCUCUGAGGUGGCUUCUGAGAAAGUGUUGGAUGAAAUGGUGAGGUUGAUUGAUAAUCCACAAGCACAUUAUGCUAACAGAAAGAGAGCUUUGCAGCUGAUCGAGGCAUGGGGUGAGUCUGAUGAUAUCGGAUAUCUACCUGUUUUCAAACAGACUUAUAUGAGUUUGAAGGCAAGGAGAGCACCAGGUCCUAUGCAGGAUGAUGAUAAUUCAGCUUCAUUAUUUUCUUCCUCUGAACCAGGCUUUGAUGAUCAUUCGUUGGUUCUUCCUGAACAUUAUCCCCAUGCCCACAUGGAUCAGCAGAACAGGGAGCAAGGUGAACUUGCCUAUCACAGUGUGGCCCUUUCCAUGGAAGAAAAGAAGGAAAUUCUUGUGGUAACUCGGAACAGCAUAGAGAUUCUUUCUUCAAUAUUGAACUCGGAAACAAAAGAAAAGGCCACUAAGGAUGAUCUGAUGCCGAGUAUGGUGGCGAAGUGCAAAGAAUCCCAACCUGUAAUACAAAGGAUCAUAGAGAGCAUUGGUGAUGACGAGUCGAUGUUGUUUGAAGCUCUGAAUGUUCAUGACGAGCUCCAACAGGUCCUUUCCAAGUAUGAGCAGCUCCAGCAUGCUGAUCCACCGCAGCAUGGGCAGAGCCAUGAUGAUUUGAGCACUUCAGGUGGGCGGAAAAGUGAUGCUUCAGAUGAAAGGGACUCCCUCGGUGCAGAAAAGUGAAGGCUGUGGUGACGGUUGGACGCGGUGAAGGAACGAAACUCAAUUUCCCGAUCAGUCAAUGAUAAAAAGCUUCUGUGUUUUGUAUAUAAAGAGAUAAAUGUUUCACAGACAAAAAAUAUUUGCUUUCUUUACAUACUGUAGCCGACUGAUUGUGAAAUGAGAUAUUUUAGCUUUUAUGCUGCUAAAUUGUUUGGAAA